AUGGUUACCAUCCAACAGGAACAAAGGCUGUUGGAACCAGAAAGAGGGCCGAUCGAGCGUACACUCUCAAACGGGCAUGGCGCGUAUAAGUGUUGUGAAGCUGCGCUUCCACCCGUCAGUUCAGUUUCGGCUGCGCGUUCCCGAGGAAGCUCUGAAGUUCCGCAUUGCGGCGACAUGUUCAUCCAGUGUCCGGAUGAUGCGGUUCUCAUGAGAUUGAAGCUGCGUAGGGCCGUUCAGGCCAUUGGACUUUGUGCCUUUGCUGCACUACUAGCCCUUACGAUUCUCGUGAACCUCGUUCCUGGUGCGAACGUUGAUCGUGGGCCUUUGUUGCUAACCGGUAGCAAUAAUGACCAUCGACCUAAACACCCCAAAUUCACUUCGCGACAAGAAAGGGCUCCUCGUUCCAUUUCAAACGAAAUAGUUGAGGAGUCUUCAGUCAAAGCAGUUCCCGAAACUGAUCUUUCGCUGCCUGCAACUGGCAUUGCUGGUUUGGACGACGUUUUCAUCAGCGUUAAGACCACGAAAAGUUACCAUGAAUCGCGAUUGGACGUGAUCAUCAAAACUUGGUUCACGUUGGCUCGCAAGCAGACAUGGUUCUUCACGGACGCCGAGGACCCUGUGUAUCAGGAAAAAACUGUUGAAGAAGACACAGGAGCCGGCGUUGAAUCGUACGUACGUACCCACGGCCCCUCGUGUGAACACGUCGCGUGGGAAAGGGCCGGACAAGAGGUUGAUUUUCUUGACCCCGGUGUGGCUCGCCUUGACCUUUUCGCCCUGCUGAGACAACGGCCUGUCCCGCCGUAUGAUUUUGCGGUGUGGGUGGUCAUUAGGACUGGGAUGUUGUUGUUUGUCCUAAUUGGCGUUUCCAACUGUCUCCCGGGAUUAAUUUAUUUCCUUUCCCCGCAUCAUCGUCUGUCAACAGGUGGGCACAUGAUCAACACCAAGUGCCAGCCGUCGCACAACCGGAAGGCGCUGUGUUGCAAAAUGUCCGUCGAGUUUGACACUUUCCUCGACAGCGGCAAAAAGUGA